AUGCCUCCACCACCACACAUUCGUCCCGAGAAUGUGCUCAGGCGAGCACAAGAGCUCAUCGCCGUCGAUCAAACCCAAGCCGCCCUCAAUGUCUUGCACGAACAUGUCACGUCCAAGCGAUCCCGUAAUAGCCCCAUCGCCUCCUUGGAGCCGGUGAUGCUCCUUUUUGUCGAGUUGUCCGUCGAUCUUCGCAAAGGCAAAUCUGCAAAGGAUGGACUUUACCAGUACAAGAACAUUGCGCAGAAUACAAAUGUUGGAACCAUUGAGCUGGUCUUGAAAAAGUUCAUUGAACUCGCGGAACAAAAGGUCACCGAAGCCCAGGCAAAGGCUGACCAAGUCCAAUCUACCAUUGAUACUGCAACCUCCACAAAUCUCAACAUCGAUGAUCUCGAGGCCACCGAAACACCCGAAACAAUUCUCCUUGCUACUGUCUCUGGCGAGCAGUCCAAGGAUCGGACUGACCGGGCAAUCGUUACACCAUGGCUCAAAUUUCUCUGGGAAACAUACCGAACUGUUCUAGAAAUCCUCAAGAACAAUGCCCGACUCGAGAUCAUGUAUCAGAGCACUGCACACCAGGCCUUUGAUUUCUGCCUCAAGUACACCAGAAAGACCGAGUUUCGCCGACUUUGUGAGCUUUUGCGCAACCAUGUCCAAAACGCUGCAAAGUAUUCUUCUCAAAUGCAUGCUAUUAACUUGAACGAGCCUGAUACUUUGCAACGCCAUUUGGAAACCCGUUUCCGCCAGUUAAACGUGGCCGAUGAACUCGAACUUUGGCAAGAGGCUUUCCGCAGCGUCGAAGAUAUCCAUAUGUUGUUGACACUGUCCAAACGCCCGGCGAAGAACAUCAUGAUGGCCAAUUACUACGAGAAGCUAACCAAGAUCUUCUUGGUCAGUGACAACUUCCUCUUCCACGCUGCCGCUUACAACAAAUACUACAACCUCCUUCGCCAAUCUUCCCUCUCCUUGGCCUCAGGUCAAGGCACUAAAAGAGACAAUCCUGCCGUUUCGGAGGAGACCCUCACCAAGGCCGCUUCUUUCGUCCUCCUCUCAGCACUAGCCAUUCCCGUCAUCAGUACUUCUCGUUCCCGUGGAGCCCUGGUUGAUGUCGAUGAGGCACGCAAGAACAAGAACCAACGCUUGACCAAUCUCCUGACUAUGCCAUCUGCACCUACAAGAGCAGGUCUCUUCAAGGACGCAUUGACUAAGGGUCUACUGAAGAGAGUGCGACCAGAAAUCAGGGAUCUCUACAACAUUCUUGAGGUCGACUUCCACCCCCUUUCAAUCUGCAAGAAGAUCUCUCCUAUACUUGCCAAGAUUGGAGUUGAUCCCGAGAUGGAGAAGUAUGUACUCCCUCUUCAACAGGUCAUCUUAACUCGGCUCUUCCAACAGCUGUCUCAAGUCUAUGAAUCGGUCGAGAUGAGUUUCGUCAAUAAGCUCGCCCAGUUUCCUGCACCAUUCGAAGUGACCCCAGCUAUGAUUGAGAAAUUCAUCAUGAAUGGCUGCAAGAAGGGUGACCUGUCGAUCCGCCUUGAUCAUGUGUCCGGCAUACUGGCUUUCGACUCUGACGUCUUCUCUUCGACCAAAGCUCUCCAGCAGGGCAGUGUCGCCGGAUCUGCCGAAAGCGAGACCGGCUCUGUUCAGCGACUGCAAAAUACUCCCGCUGAAAUCGCUCGAUCUCAAUUGACCCGACUUGCUAAGACCUUACACAUCACAUGCAUGUAUGUGGACCCAUCAUACAAUCAGGCUCGACUAGCAGCAAGAGAAUCUGCGUUGGCGCGUGCUGAGGCUGGUGCCGCACAAGAGCAUGAAGAUAUUCUUAAGAGGCGUAUCGUCAUUGAGAAACAAAAGGAAGCUGCUUCCGAAGCACUCUCCAAACGCCAGAGAGAAGAGGAGACGCGACGCCGUAUUCGAGCGCAACAACAGGCAGAAGCUGAAAGCCAGCGACUGAGAGACGAAACCAAGGCCCGAGAACUCAAACGUGUCAAGGAUGAACAAGCCCGAAUUCGUCGCCAGGAAAUGGAGAAGCAACUGGAGGAGCUCAAAGGUGGCAUGAAGAUCGACUUGGAAGAUGUCAACAUUGAAGAUCUUGACUCGAACGCCAUUCGUAUUCUCAAGCUUACUCAACUUGAGAAGGAUAAAAAUGAGAAGGACAACCGCAUCCGUGUUACUGCGAAGAGAAAUGAUCAUCUGGAGCGUGCUUUCCGUCGUGAAGAAUUGAAGUACCAGGAUGAGGAUUACGAAAAGCAGCGCCAGGAAGACCUCAGAGUCUACGAGCAGACCAAGGCUGAUACCUUGCAGGAGGCGCAGUUGAAACACAAAGAAGGGCUUGCAUUGAAACAUCGUCUCAGUCGCUUGGUCAAGCCAUACGACUCCUUCAAGGGACAGAUUACCGAGCGUCGUGCUGCUGAAUUCGAAAGACUUCGAAAGAGAGCUGAGCGCGAGUUUGAAGAAGAGAAACGCAAGCGUAUCAAGGCCCAUCACGAAGAGCAAGCUCGACAACGCGCUGCACAGGAGGCCGAGGAGCGUCGCAUCCAAGAGGAAGAGGAACAGCAACGACAAGAGGAGGAAGAGAAAGCUCGUGCGGAGGAAGAAAAGAAGAAAGUUGCCGCUGAGAGAAGAGCUAAGGCCGAGGCUGACCGUGCCGAACGUGACGAAGCUGCGAAGAAACAAAUGCAACGCGAGGAAGAAGCUGCCGCCAGAAGAGCCGCUCGCAGAACAGAACCACAACCACCCAUUCGGAGAGAACCUCCAACGCUCGACAGUCGAACCGAUUCACAAGAAGGCCGAACUGCUCCUCGACUCGCCUUGGCAGGCAAGACUGGAGGUGGAGGAGGCUGGCGUGAACGUCAACUUGCAAAGGAGGCUGGUGAAGGUUCUGGCCCUGCUGCUCGUACUGCUCCAGAACCUACCUCGGAUGCACCGCCAGUGCAGGAGCCAGUUCGUCGGCCUGGUGGCUAUGUUCCCCCUCAUAUGCGUGAAGGAGCCAAUAGCCGUGCAGACGCUCCCCCAAGAGAGCUACCAAACCGCAAUGCUUCUUCGUCACCUGCUAACGGCGCCAGCGGAGGUAGAUAUGUACCGGCACAUCUGAGAGAAGGUCGCAGUAAUUCGAGAGAAGGCGCUGGGUCGCCUGGACCUGCUAGCAACGAGGAGCCAUUGAGGAAGCCCGCUGCUGCCAGUGGUGGUAGCCGUUAUGUGCCACCAAGCAUGCGCAACCGUCAGCAGUAG